CUUAACACGAGUCAGUGUCAGAAACAUGAGAAGUACAAGAGGUCUGAAGGCAGCUAGUGAUUACCCAGAGGAACCCGGACAGUUUACAGGAACAAGAAUGGCAAUGAUCGGGGGCGGCGCUGAUUUCCCGACCGUCCUCAUAUUUUAAGGAUCUAAAUCUAUCUAUAUCAGCAAUGUUACCUUGGAAGAAAAAUAAAUUUGACUUAAUAGAGAAGAAGCAGCCGAAGCAGCUGGGUUACUCGGUGACUCUGAACUGUAACACCAUCACUUCUUUCACCCGUGCCUGUCCCGACGUGGUGACAGAGAGUGCCCUCAACCGAGUGUGCAGCAUGUUCAAAUCCAGGAGGAGGAAGAUUAAAAUCACCGGUGAAGAUCCCACCUAUACAGUUUUGUACCUCGGUAAUGCCACUACCAUCCAGUCCAAAGGGGAAGGCUGCGCCGAUGUGGCGGUCACCAAAAUCUGGUCCAAGAGCGAGCAAGGUAAAAACGGCACCAAGAUGAAGCUGACCAUAAGCUCCCAGGGGAUCCGCAUGGUUCAUGUGGACGGGAAGGCGAAGAGACCAGGCCAUCUGUACCUCCUGCACAGGAUCACAUACUGCGUGGCUGACCCCAGGUCUCCCAAAAUCUUCGCCUGGAUCUACAGGCACGAACUGAAGCACAAGGCGGUCAUGCUGAGGUGCCACGCCGUCCUGGUCUCCAAAACCGAGAAGGCGAAGGCGAUGGCUCUGCUCCUCUAUCAGACCUCCAGCAACGCUCUGGCCGAGUUCAAGAGGCUCAAGAGGAGGGACGACGCCAGGCACCAGCAGCAGAAGCUGAUCGGGGAGCAGACCAUCCCCCUGGUCCCGCUCAGGAAGCUGAUGAACGGCCAGUGCAGCUACAAGCCCCCGGUAGAAAGGAGCAGGAGCGCCCCGAAACUGGGCUCCAUCACCGAGGACCUGGUGGGAGAGGAGGAGGAAGAAAAAGCCGAGCUGGAGGUGAGUUUGGAGUACGAGGACAUUCUGGACACUGCAGAACCCUCAGACAGGAACGAAGAGCAGGACCUUUCCGAGAUGAUCAGCGACCUGGGGGAACUGACUAUAGGGAACGAUGUUCAGUUACUGAGGGCUGAUCUGAGAGUCACCAGGUUACUGUCUGGGGAAAGUACCAGCAGCGAGUCUUCCUUGGGGAGUGGGGCGAGUGACCAGGAACCACUGACAGCGAUGGACGGCAAUGAAGACGGCGACUUGCAAGAAAUGGGAUAAUUGUACAAUUGCUUCAAGUUUGCUUUGCAAUCAGCCUCCCAUCACAAACUGUCGGUGUAACUUCCCUACCACCCCCCCACCCAACCCGAACCUCACCAUUACACUAACUAUAAGAUGCUAAAAGAGGAAGGAUAACUACGUGCAAUUAAGGAAAAAUACUGCACAGUGCAGAUUUUUAAAAGGACAGCAGUACCAGGCUUACGAUUUGUGUCAACUUUAUUCGUUCUCUUAAUAAGCAGGUGAGGGAUUUAACAUUUAGAAAUGGAAGUUGCGAUUUGUGCGAGCCGAUUUAGUCCCUGUUUACAAUAAACUUCCUAUGGAAGUGGCGACAGCUGUGAUUGUCGCCUGGGACACGCUUGAAGAUGAGCAGCCGUUGCUAAAGUUCUUUUCUUCCCUUACACUACUGCAAUGUUCGCACGGUGGCUGCUAUUGACCAUUUUAGCAUCAAGAUCCCUCUUAUUCCCUGACACCCACCCCUCCACCCAGUGCACAAGUGCAGGUUUAAAAAGGACGAGAAGCAAAGUUCCACCGCUGCUACGCCAGUGCAGUGUCUCUGUGGUGUGACUGGUAGAUGGAAUAGAAAUAAAUGGGUCACCAUUAUCAAAAGUCCAGCCAGGCUUGGAUAAAGUAAAUGGCUAGCCUUGGCUGUACAAGAUACAACAUAAAACCAUGGCAAAUACAUCAACACUCUCCAAAGCAUCCAGGCCAGAGAAUGCACCAUGUGAAUCAGAUCUGAUCAAUCACGCUUCAAUUUGAGAACUGAAUUUCUCAACUCUUUGGUUUCAAAACUGGGCCUCAUUUGCUAUUUCUCAGAUCCCAUUUUGUGGGGCAAUGUCCAAGGGGCCUGAAAUACAUCCAACACCAUAUUGGCUCAGGCAGUAUUCUGGUGUCCCUAGCAGCCACCUUAAGACUGAGUUAGCCUGUUGCAUAUUGAGGAGCCUUAAAGCUUGUUUAAAUAUCUUGCUCUGAAAUUGGUGAAAAAUUAAGCAAAGUUUGUACUGCAGAAGUUCUAAUUAGUUUUAACAAAACUAUUGCUACCUAAACAGUGGCCUUUGAAGGGACCUACGGAGGUCACUGAUGUCAUGGCGAGCAAACUGGUUUUCACUUACCUUAAUAUGAAACCAGGAGGAGUUGGUGUGUAACUCCUCCACAACACUACUGAGGACUACGACCACACCACUUUGCCCCAUCCCUUUCAGCUCCACCCUGGAUCAACUGGAAAGCUGCUCCUGACUUUAGAGCUGGCCAAUCUUGCUCUGGGUUGGGUUGGACUGGUAAGCCAUAUCAGGAUGCUCGAUUAUCACUUGCAGAUCAGCAGUUUUGUGGGUAAUGAGAUCCAAGGAUUAACUACAGGUGAAUCUUGUGCUGUCCUCUUGGAGCUAGUGUUACAGUCACACUACAUGUCCUGCGUCUGCAUUCAGUCGUGAAUCAAUUUUCUUCCCCAAAGAACAUGUUUGAGCCAUUAUAGUAGUUACUACCCAGUGUUCUGCCAUUUUGUUAUUUUCAUUUACAAUGGCCUUAUUUGUUGAGAAACUUUUAACAACAAUUCAAUUUAUUUUCCAUUAGUUCUGCCUUUCAAGUUUAUUUUCUUCUUUACUCAGUUCUUCAUGUUUAACUUUAGUGCCCUUUGUGAUGGUUUGCUCUUUUUAAAAUACUAGUGGUUAUUUUUUUCAUAUUCUCUCUCUUGUCCUUGUCUUUCAUUUAUUUUCCCUUAAGUGCUGAUGGAAGAAGUUGCUGACUUGUGUUUUCAAUAUCUCAAGCUUCCCUCAGGUACACACGGACGUUGUAUGUUAAGAAGCAUGUUCCUGCAUUUCUUAUUUGGAAACAGUUUGUUUUGAGACUACUGACGAGACCCAGUAAAAGUUAUUUAUUUGAUUUAAAAUGGGAAUUCUGAAAUAUGUUGUAAGGUGUUGGUGUAAAAUGCACUUUUAGUUGACUGAACAAAAUGUCGAAACACAUUGAAGCCUCUUACUCGAUCCAGCUACUUUGAUUCAACAAAUCCAGAAUAAAGUUUAAAAUCAAAAGAUAAGCCAAAUCAUGCCUUUUAAAAGAGUGCACCUCUGGUAUCUUAUACAGGUUUUGUACAUGAACAAUCAUAAAUCUAAAGCUAUGAAACAUUCUAUAUUAAAGUAUCUCAAUCUAAACAUAAAGGUCAGCACUGUGAAAAAUAACUACUGCACUACAGUAAGUUUUGCCAUUUAAAUUAAUGGCUGUACAAAAUUAUUUCAGUGGUCAAAGAUAUCUGACCAAAACACAAAAUUCUUGCUACAGAGGUACGCUAUUGAGCUUAGACAAAUUUCAGAUGAGCUUGGGAGUCACACUGAUGCUACUAAAAAUAUGUAACAUCUCCUUAACAGACCAUUGAGGUAAUGUUGACUUUGGAACUAGUGUAAAAUGGGCAAUAAUGAAUCAGCUUUAAAUUGACUAUAAAAUCAAUAGAAAUCAAAAUUUGGAGAGAUGUAAAUCAGGGUAUCAAUUUGUUAUCACUUCUUUUACACUAUUGCAACUUCAAAGUGUGUUGAGAUAAGAAACAACAAUCUAUCGUAGACUACAAUUGUUAUCAGAUUUGUCUGGAUAGGUUCCCUUCAAUGUAUAGAAUGGAUUCCUUAUAUUUGUCAUUUCUUAUUAUAAAUUGGAUGCAAUUUCUCACAUUCAGUUAAAUACCACAGUUAUUUGUCUUAAAUUAAGUAUUUGUUUACAAUCCCUUGAUUGAGUCACAGAAUUUAUUCUUGCCUGUUACACUCUGUGAUUUGUAUAUUGCAAUGUUGUGACUUCUUAACCAGUGUUUUAUGGUCUGUAAAUAGUUUUCUCAUCAGAUAUAAUAUCAUUUCUUUGCUGUGCAAAAGAAAGAUGCAGCAAGUAUUGGAUGUCCUAACUGUACUGUACAUACUAAAUGUAAAUCUGUACAAGCAAGAUAAAUGUUAUUUUUUAAACAAUUGAUGAAGAAGUGUCCAUAAUUUUUUGUUGGCACAAACUGAAACAAUAAAUUCAAUGUAAAAUG